AUGUAUUGCACCAACGAUGGCAAACAUUCGCUCUCCGGGUCAAUUGGCGAGGUGAAAACGCAUCCAGUUGGCAGUCAGCUGCAUUCGCACGAUCUGUACAGUGAUAAAGAGUCGGAGCUACACUUUUGGGAUGGACAGUCGGGCAUGAAUCAAAACACAACCCCGGUCAGCACCGUACUGCAUUCGCCGGAACCGAGCACGGCGGAACAUGAGCCGAAAAUUCGUUUCCAGCAGCGGCAUCAGAUCCAAGUAGGUCGGAGCCCAGUGGGUAGUGGCGGACAUAAUGGUAGCAGCGAUUCGACCACCGCCUCCAGUCCGGUACUAUUGCCACAGUGUCAUCAUUCAACGGCUAACGCAGCUACCAACAUCGUCGUCAUGCCGGCCGGUGCUCACGUUUAUUCGACACAAUCGAUCCUGUCCGAUGGCGAGAUUGUUGUGUUUGAUGAUAUCGAACCGAACUGGUCGUCGAGUGGUGUUCAUGGUUCGGAAAUGUCGAUCUUGGUUGGCGGAAACACACCAAACAAAGAAACGCACACAGAAACCGCUACCAAGAUACAGACCAUUAUAGGAGGGCUAACGAUUGCGGAGUACGAGGGUUCACCGCGACGUUUCGGCACAAUCUAUUCCAACAACUAUUCCACGCCGGAUGGCACUAUACGACCUGGUAGCAACAAUUUCCCACGGCCCGGGUUUCCAAAGCGUGUCGAGUCAGGCGCAGCAGACGAUGGACGACCACGGCUGAUCGAGUUGGGCCAGAACAAUGAGGCGAGCUUCUACAAUAAAAACAAUACGAUGGGCGGGGACGACGUGAAUUUUCAAAUAGAUACCAAAUAUUACAACUGUAAACAGCACGUGGCUUUAGGCGAUGAUUUUAUGCCCGCUGAUAGCAGCAUUCACAAACCGCACAGUUUUGUUCUGUCACCUGAAACAGACUACCGGCCAGGAAGCUUUGUAAGAAUAAAAACUGCCGGCGUGAAUGCUAAAGGCGACGCAAAGGAAACGAUUCUCAACGAGCCGUGUGUAGAGUAUGAGGACAUGUGCAAUAGUAUGCCGAUUCUGGAGGAUGGCCUCUCGAGCGGUCAUGCAUCCGACUCAGAAGGUAACACAGUGACGAACAGCUGUGAUGGUGAGAUGGGUGGACCGCACGGGUUGCAUAUGAUGCGACAGGAUCAACACUACCACCAGCACGGCAACAGCGAUGGUCCGUACGAUGGUUCCGAUGUGCAGAACGGUCGAGAUUGUCUAGCGAACGAUAUUCGAGAGGCGCUCAACGAUAUCAAGUCUACGCUGCAAAACACGAAAACGCUUCCGGCGGAUGACCGACGCGACAAUGUGGACCAAAUUGAUGAAUCGUUCCCACAGUACGCUGACGAUUCGCCAGUGUGGGUGCUCAGGACGAUGGAUAGGCCUCCGGAACAGGACACCCCUUCUGGUUCAAAUCCGUCAGUUCGACACAUAAAUGCCUCCGAGCUGGAGGAGGAAACGGAUACCGAUUUGGAGACUGAUAGAUUGCUCGGCCAUCAGCAGAACGUUACCGAGCAGAACUAUUACGAUCAUAAUAGCUCCACAGACAUUGGUGGGUUUUCGAAACCUAUAUCACCAAAUUCAGCCUCAUUAGCUAAGCUAAAACGCUACCAGACCGCCAUCAGGACCGACAGUGAAGUUUACGUUCCUAGCGAUAUUACAUUAGAAAAUUUACCGGAAAUAGAAAGCAAAGGAAGGCAUAAAACUAGAGAAGGUCUGUUGGAUCCGGCAGUGCUGAUCGAAGGUGUUCUGUUCCGAGCGCGGUACCUUGGCUCGACGCAGCUAGUGUGCGAAGGCCAACCGACCAAAUCGACGCGCAUGAUGCAGGCGGAAGAAGCCGUCUCCCGGAUCAAAGCUUUGGCACCGGCGGGAGAGUCACAACCAAGCACGGAGGUGGAUUUGUUUAUUUCGACAGAAAAAAUCAUGGUGCUGAACACGGAUCUGAAGGAGAUCAUGAUGGACCACGCGCUGAGGACGAUCUCCUACAUCGCCGACAUCGGCCAGCUGGUGGUGCUGAUGGCUCGGAGACGGUUCGUUGCCACCGGCAACACCGCGCCGGAAGCGACGGACGAUGCUGGUGGCAACACGGCCGGCACGGACACGGAUACCGGCCCGCCCAACAAUGCCGACAGUCCGAAGAAGCGCAGCGGCAACCGCACACCGAAGAUGAUCUGCCAUGUGUUCGAGAGCGAGGAGGCACAGUUCAUUGCUCAGAGCAUCGGCCAAGCGUUUCAGGUCGCGUACAUGGAGUUCCUGAAGGCGAACGGAAUUGAGGACCACAGCUUCAUGAAGGAGCUCGACUACCAGGAGGUGCUGAACAGUCAGGAAAUCUUCGGCGACGAGUUGGAGAUUUUCGCGAAGAAGGAACUGCAGAAGGAGGUGGUGGUGCCGAAGGCGAAGGGCGAAAUACUCGGCGUGGUGAUCGUCGAGUCCGGCUGGGGCUCGAUGCUACCGACCGUGGUGAUUGCGAACCUAGCGUCUUCCGGUGCGGCCGCUCGCUGCGGCCAGCUGAACAUCGGCGAUCAGAUAAUCGCCAUCAACGGACUGAGCCUGGUCGGGUUGCCGCUUUCCACCUGCCAGGGUUACAUCAAGAACACCAAGAACCAAACCGUGGUGAAGUUCACGGUCGUCCCGUGCGCCCCAGUGGUGGAGGUGAAGAUCAAGCGACCAAACACGAAGUACCAGCUCGGAUUUAGCGUUCAGAACGGUGUGAUUUGCAGCCUGCUUCGCGGUGGAAUUGCCGAACGCGGCGGUGUUCGAGUGGGUCAUCGCAUCAUCGAAAUCAAUAACCAAAGUGUCGUUGCAGUGCCGCACGAAAAAAUUGUAAACCUACUCGCCACAUCCAUCGGGGAGAUACUGAUGAAAACGAUGCCGACGUCGAUGUUCCGACUGCUCACUGGACAGGAAAAUCCCAUCUACAUUUAA